AUGGGUCUCGCAGAAUACUUGGCGGCCAAUUAUGGCGACGAGAACACCAAGAAACUGAAGGGCGAGAGACCGAAAAAGCGGCGAAAGAGCAAUAAACCAGCAGGAAAGCCGCUUGGGGAUGCUGUAGAGGAGGCUCCCCCCGCCGAAACCGUUUAUCGCGAUGAUCAGGGCCGAAAGAUCGUGAACGCUGGGCUCGCCAAGGAACCAGCAAACGCCCGAGAACCAACAUAUCCAACUGCUCUCAACAAGUACGCCACAGACAUUAGCAAAGACAGGGCUCGUUUGGAGGAUCCAAUGGCCGCGAAAGCCGAAGUUGCCGAGACAGUAAGAGUCGCUGGAGUCCCUCAGUACAAUGGGCCUUUUCCGCCAAACCGAUUCGGAAUUGCACCAAGCUACAAGUGGGACGGAAUUGAUAGGUCGAACGGGUUCGAGGAGAAAUGGCUCAGGUGCCAUUCUACGUAA